CCCACUUUCCAAGUUUGACAAAGGUUCUCUUUCAAAGCCCUGUUCUGUACAGCAUAGAGGAAUGAGCUCCACUACCUUCUCUCUGUCUGCUCAAGCCCAUAUCACCACUCCCAGUGGCCAUAGCUACAAGCUCUGCUGCAAAUCUCCAAAUUCUUCGCAAACGCCCAAAUCAAUCUCUGUCCGCUUGAAACCAAACAGACCCACAAAACCUUCUAGCCUCUGCACCCGUUUUUCUCACUCACCCUCUUCAGUUUCCUCGAAUUCAGACCGUUCUGUCACUCCCCAGAAGAAUUUACAAAGAAUUUUGGUAGAAAAAUUUGUGGGUUUUGUUAUUGGGUCAGUGAUUUUUGUUGGGUGUUUUAAUGUAAGAGGAGCUAUAGCAUUACCUGCCCCAACAAGCAGUUAUUCAAACGCAAAUUUGGAGGAAGGUAGAGAUAAAAGCGAGGAUGAAGAGUUGUACGAGAAGAUUUUGGAGAAGGAACCGAGAAAUGUUGAAGCUUUGAAGGUGGUUUUGUAUGGGAAAAUGAGGAGAGGGAAGACAAAGGAGGCUGUGAGGUAUGUGGAGAAGUUGAUUGAUAUGGAACCUGAUGAAGUUGAAUGGAGGCUUUUGCUUGCGCUUUGUUAUGAAAUCAUGGGGCAACUUAGUACUGCAAAAAGAUUGUUUAAAGAAAUCUUGGUGGAGAGACCUCUCUUGGUCAGAGCUUUACAUGGUCUAGCUUUGGUGAUGCACAAAAACCAUGAAGGUCCUGCCGUUUUUGAGAUGCUAAAUAAGGCAUUAGAAGUUGCACGCCAUGCAAAAAGAGUCACUGAAGAGAGGAAUAUCAAAAUUCUGAUCGCGCAAAUGCAUGUUGUAAUGGGGGAAUUGGAAGAGGCCUUGCAGAAAUUUCAAGAUCUAAUUGAUGAAGAUCAUCGAGAUUUUCGGCCUUAUCUUUGCCAGAUGGAACUUGUCGCACUUGCAUAUUAUGGAAUGCAUAUAUUAGACCAUACGUUAAGGCUGUUAGAUCACUGUCUAUGCCGAAAACCUAAGCCAAUAGGAAGCUGGCCCAACUAUAAACAUCAAGCUACCACACGAUCUAUCAUCAACACAGCCCCUACUGUGUAAGCCAGGCCACACACACAUGGACUGUGCUAAUGGGCCUUACACAUGCAUAUUAUGCAAAUGGGAUAUUUAAAAACAAGAUCUUGCAGUCACCAAGACUUUGAUGCCAUGUAAAGUCAUAAAUGCUUUGAUACCCUGUUGAACAUCAUUUGUCCUAAAAGUUAAGCUGAUGGGAAGGGGGCUCAUCCAACUAUGUAUAUUAAUUUAACACACAAUUUAUUAUCAACAAAUACAUGAUAAAUGGGGCCUUAUCUAGGGGCAUUCUACCCUUUCUAUGUUACUUCUCAGUUCUCCCUGAACAUCAUUUUAAUUUGUUGAUAAGUUUGAAAAGACAACAUCUUAUCAAUUGGUAAGCCAAGUAACCCUUUUUAACUGUCUGAAGAUUUAGGCCUGUUUGUUUUUUUUUUCACUUAUAUCUUAAUUUGACUUAUUUUAGGUUAUAAUACAUUUUAUUUUUGUUUGUUUUUGCAAACCUAACAGUUAAAUGAAAAAGCUAAAAUAUUUCACUUUGCACUUAUAUCUGAGCAACUUUUUAACUCUUUUUUACCCAAAAUUGCCCCUGCCAAAAUUGUAAUUCCACUAAACAACUGUUGCUUGCUCUCUCUCACUUGUUCGCUUGCUCACUUGCAACCAGCCUCCAUUGUUGAUUUCAAGCUCACCCUUGGCAUCAAAAACCCACAAAAUCAAUCUCCUCAGUCCUACAGAAAUAAAAACUUGCACACCUAGAUGACGCAAUACCCCUCUCUCUUUCUCUCUCUCUCUCUCCCCCCUCCUCUCUCAAUCCAAAAUUAGGGCUAAGCUUUUCCAAAAUCUGAUUUGGUCUCGAUCUCAGUAAGAGCUUUAAUGGCAGACUCAUCAAAAUCUUGACUCAGAUGGACUUGUAAUUUGUAUGAUGCUCUUGUUUUCAGGAUUUAAUGUUCUCUCUUCCUUCGAGGUAUCAUCCAUGGAGAGAGAAAAUAAUUCUAGACAUAGAAAGUCUCUUUGUACUUUUUUUUUUUUUUUUUUUUUUUUUUUUUUGGGUCUACAUCUUAAAAAACCAAAUGAAAACAAACAAAAUAUCUAAACACUUAAUCUAAAAAGUUCCUUUUAGAUAUAAGACGCACAUAUGUUUAAUAAGAUUUAAGAGGAUCAUUUUGGAUAUGAGACGCACAUAUGUCUAAUAAGAUUUAAGAGAGA